GUCAGUACGGAGUAGAACGUACUUCGGAAAGGUCGUCUCUCCCAAAUCGCGCGUCCGUCGCAAACUGUGUGUUUGUGUGUGAGAGAAGAGCACAGCUGUGUCUGUGAGUGGGUUGCUUGAGCGAUUAGUGCAUUCACAUCACUAACCCGACGUUCUCUAGAGCGUGUGGUUUUGCCCUUUAAAGCGCCACAAUUACUACUACCAGCAACGGCGUAUUUUACUCCGCUCUAUGUUACAAAUAGGGCUUGAGUGUGAUUUUAGUUCGAAAACAUUGUACAUUGGUGUGGUGACAGCAGGCGCGAAAAAGCGGAAGUGAACCCCACACAACCCUCUUUUAUGGUGUUGUGUAGUUCGCUUGCAAUACGAACAGUUGUGUGUGUGUGUGCUUGUAGUGUGUAGGGUCGGUUUCCUAGAAAAGAAAAACAAGGAACUGGAACUAUCCAUUACAAAACCAAGUGCCAGUUAAACAGGGAAAGCAGGAUUAUAUUCUACCACCUUCUCCCCCUUGUGUCUGUGUGUACCCCGUGUCCUUGUGGCUGUGUGUGUGUGCGUGUUUGUAUGCGCAGGACUAUUUCCGGGUCCUGGUUUGAAUUGCGCGUCUACUGCCGCCGCCGCUGCCGUCUGUGUGCCAAAUUUAUACACGUUUUUUUGCGCUGCUUUUCGAGUGCAGCACAACACCCUAGCAGCAACAAACAAUACCUAGUGUGCGAAGAAAGUGCGCGUUAGACAGAGGAAAUAAGGGGGAAAAGCCUCGCCACGGGGACAAUAAUCUAUACGACCCUUUUGCGGGGCAACUGCACUACAUAUAUUCCCCUCGACUGUACAAAAAAACACGAACUGUGUGUGUGUGUGUGCGUGUGUGGAAACUGCGUAGUAAGACACGACACCCAAGGCCAAUCGAUUUUUCCAUUUUUGGAGUGUGUUGUCGAUCUGGUGUCCACGAGGCACAGCAGCAGUAGUCUUCAGAGAGGCUUGUGAUAUUGAUAAGGAACGAAGCGCAGGAGGCAGACUUGUUUGGAACGAACUCAUCAAAGUAUUAAGCAAACCAAAGGAUAUUUACACAAGCGCGUACUUCGAGAGGAGGAGAGACACAAGCUGUUAUUGUAGCUAUUUGUUGAAGGCGCUAUCAAUCUCAUUCUACAAAACUACCACCACCGUCACCAUCUCCAACGAGACUUUUAUACACUUUCCAAAGAUUGUUUUCUGCUCUUAUUUCGACCGCUUCUGUUGUGCGUGCGUGUGUGGUGCGUGAGUGAGAGCAAACCGUGGCCCAAGCUGCAUCGAUCGAUACGACCAAUUGUUCUGUUGUGCGCUUCAUCCUGCGCACCGUGGCCACCAACCGUGUUGACGACACGUACUUGCAGAACAUUUCACAGCAGCGACAGCACCACUACCGGCCCGUCACGGUGUACCCCAGUGGACGGUUUGUUAUUACAACGAGAAGCCGUCCUUUGUACACCAGCAGCUCGCUCGGUAUCACUUGAACGUCGUGCGCCGCGUGACGUGACGUGAAGUGACACACAUCACUACUACUUCUACAGCGCGUGCUCUGGUUGUCCAUCGUUGUGUUUGUGCGCAAACGCUGUUACAUGGACUCACAGCACGCUACUACUGGUUGCUUUCAGCUUUGUCUAGCCCUCUUUGUGCAAAAGCUCGUGCUUGUGCUCCAGAAGACGCAUCGGUACCUGAAGGUCGAACUGUUUGCCCGCUUCCAGCACUCGGAGGGAUCUCCGACGAUCGCUGCGGCAACGAAAGCUUCCGCCCAUCGGCAACCGUCAUCGGCAACCGCCACCAACCCCAUCACCACCGCCACCCCCUCGACAAAGGAGCCCGACAGCGGCGACAUGCCUGAGAUGGCCCAUGCACUAUCGCUACCCGCCCCACCGAUCGACCUGCCCGACAACAAGCACAAGGAUGACGAUCUCGCCUGCAUGUCACCGGAGUACUUCCACAUCGAGGAGAACCGGUUACGCACCUUCACCUCCCGCUGGCCGGUCACGUUCGUCAGCCCGAACGUGCUGGCCCGGUACGGGUUUUACUACGUCGGCACCGAUGACACGGUCAAGUGUUACUUCUGCCGGGUGGAGAUCGGGCUGUGGGAACCGCAGGACGACGUGAUCCAGGAGCAUCUGCGCUGGUCGCCGUACUGUCCGCUGCUGAAGAAGCGCCCCACCAACAACGUGCCGCUGAACGCGAACUAUCUCGAUGCCGUGCCGGAGCCGAGCUUCGACACCUGCGGCAUCAGCGUGCGGCACAAUUCGUACGCGGAGAAUGCCGACGAUCGGGUGCGGAUAGAUUUGGACCGGCUGAGCGGCGAUUCGUGGAGCGGGGCGAGCGACAUCAGUCUGAGCAGUGCCGCUGGUGCAGCGGCUGCUUCCGCCGGGGAGAGCGAGCCGAUGCCGUCGGUCGGGAGUGGAGUGGGUAGCAGCAGUAUGGCGGCGGCCGCCGCCUCCAGUGGGGCCGGUGCAUUGCAGCAAGAUCAGGCCACGAUGUCGGCCGCCGACUGGAACAAUGAGGUGCUGAUGGGCGAGCACAGUCUCAUGCGCCGCCCCGAGUACCCGAACUACGCGAUCGAGGCGGACCGGCUGAAGUCGUACGAGGACUGGCCGACGUCGCUGAAGCAGAAACCGCAGCAGCUGAGCGACGCUGGCUUCUUCUACACGGGCAUGAGCGACCGCGUCAAGUGCUUCAGCUGUGGCGGUGGGCUCAAGGACUGGGAGCAGGAGGACGACCCGUGGCAGCAGCACGCGAUCUGGUACAGCAACUGCCACUACCUGCAGCUGAUGAAGGGCCGCGAGUUCAUUCAGAAGUGCAAUGAGCUGAAGGAGGCGGCUUCCGCCUCCUCCGCUGCCAGCACGUCUUCCGCGAUGUCUUCCGCCUCGUCCCAGCCGUCCACGUCCGGCAUCAGUUCGGCGUCGUCGUCGAUCAUGAGCACCUCGCCCGCCUCCUCGAGCGGAUUCAGCUCGCCGACGCCGAUGGCGGACGAGGAGCGCACCCUGCGCUGCAGCGACCACUCGUCCGGCAGUGACGAGGGCGAGGACGAUGCGGGUGGCGAUCGGCGCGUACCGUCCGACGGUAAGAUCUGCAAGAUCUGCUUCGUCAACGAGUACAACACCGCGUUCAUGCCGUGCGGGCACGUCGUCGCCUGCGCCAAGUGCGCAUCGUCCGUCAGCAAGUGUCCGCUCUGUCAGCAACCGUUCAUCAACGUGCUACGGCUGUACCUGUCGUAAGAAAGCGAAGCCUUAUUUGCAUCGAAUCAGCAAACGCUGCGUGGGAACGUCUCGGAAAGAAGAAUCCUUGAAUUUAGCUAUCCCUCCUAAUACCCCCGACCCCCUUCCCCUCUGAUCCAGCGCCCGCCGUUGUUACCUGGGCCGUGCCUAUGUAUGAGAAGUGCGUAUGUGAACUUAGGUCGAAUGGAUUUCGGAACCGGGUCAGUUCUCGCAGGAGGACGAAACGGAAAAGGGAAUAUUAGGCAUUUGCAAGGAAAAAGGGAAUAUUAGGUGUACAUAGCGUGUGUGGGCAGAGAGGAGCUACUGUACCUUCCCACCGAGCGUCUUGUACACACGUACCGGAAAUCAUGUAGAGCGUGCUUAUUAGCUUUUUACUAACUUUGACUGGGAGCCGCGAAGGGAUUAUACACUGUUUUUCCUUGCCAGUUUCCACUGCGCGCAGCAUUAUUCACUGCUCUGGGUAACGUUUUUUAACUCUGUCACUCCCACCAUUGUGACAACUUUAUUGUUGUAAACCAUCUCGCAAGCGUGCGAAUAAUGCUGUUCACAUUGGCAACUGACUUGGCAACAACAGUGUAAAGAAGGGAGAGACAGCACCGAUAGCGAGAGACAGAGAGAGAGAGAGAGUAUGUGUUAAAUGGAAAAUAAAAUUUUCCUAUACGUUAAGAGAAGCAUCAAACCACCCCCCCUCCACACUCUAACCUGGCAUUCGGAACACAGGCACUAGUAGCAUAUCACAAAUGAAAGUUGUUGGGCAUGUGGUGUUGUUGUCCAUCGCCGAAUGGACCUUCGCACCGUGAGCAUUUACGACGUCUCUGCUGCUGUCGUUGCAGCUGUCUAGGUGAGCUUCGAAUAGUAACAAUGUACAGAUAGAAUUUAAGCUCGAACUUCGUGCACUGCAGUUCUUGUUGACGAUUUUUAAAACGCGAUCAAACCGAUCUUCUUUCUAAGCUGCGUAAGAACACGUGCGUUGUGAAGGAGGCGACCCACCCACCAGGAUUAAUAACUUGACUAACUUGUACGCGAGUACUUUGGUGUGUGGUAUACCGAAAACAUCAAGGUAGUAGGGGUGUGGCCAUUCGCAAAUAGAUGAUUGCGCGUUUCACCCAAUUAUGUGUAGAAUAUGGUACAGACUCGCAACAAUCGAAUCGAUAUAGGAGAUAGAUGGGCAAAAAGCGCGGUAUACAAAAUCUCCCCGUCAUCUGUGUACACACUUCAAAACACCGAAAUGACUCAAUAAUUGUUUAGACGUAAAACUGGAUAAUGUAACAAUAUCGGCAUCUCCUUGAAUCCUCGUACAUCCUUACACUACAAGCUAUAAAACAAUGUGAAACUAAAUGAUCUCCUGCAGCCGAAACAGCGAAAAAGCACUUUCACAGUACCUAAAAUGUAACGAUGCAUGAAAAGCUGAAGAAAAAAAAAGGUAUAAUAUUCAAGUGUGGUAGUAGAAUAAGCUAACUGUAAUGAAGUAAAAAAAUAAACGCUGAAGAAAAAUGUUAAAACACUUAUACACACA